AUGGGUCAAGCUCCUCGCCCGUCGAGGCGGAGGCGCACAUGCUUAAAUCGACACUGGACGCAGAAAAAGGCGCUCAAGUACCGGACUGCACAGCACAUUUUGGAGGACGGCCACGACGAGGACGAGUACCACGAGCGUCAACAGGGACAAGACCUAACGGCACGUGUUGACGAAUGCGUGCGCCCAGGUGCUGAAGAGUUCUAUCUAAUGUCGUGCAAUGUUAUCACAUGCAACAAUAGAGCAGUAAGCAACAACACAGUCGGACGGAAGACUACCAAGGGUUCUCGACACUUGGAGACAUUCCUCUCCAACAGCAGGGAGAUAUUGCUUGUCGACGAGCCGCAUGUGGAUACGACGGGUCGCAAAGGAACCGUAGAAUUGACUUUGUCUCUUCUUAACAACGGAGUUUCACACAACCUUCGCUUGUGCGCUCUCAAGUUUCCUACGGAUUUUUCAAAGGCCAACAUCUUAGAUUCAGGUGGUGUAAGGGAUUAUAUUGCUUCAAGUUUGAAUGAGACCAUUUGCCGGCAAAACUGUAGCAUCAUUUCCGACCUGGACAAAUGCGAUUUGUGUACCGGUUAUCUGUACAACUACACUUGCAUAGUAUGCAAUUGCUUGAAUCACGGUCAGUGUACUGAAGAUGGCACCUGCAACUGCCGGAAAGGAUUCCACGGAGACAAGUGUCAGCAUAACAUUGAUGAAUGUUUGCCGGCUAGCCCAUGCCAUGUCGAUGCUAUCUGCAUUGAUAAUGAUGGCGGAUACAUGUGUCUGUGCAAGUCAGGUUACCACGGAAAUGGAACUCAAUGUCAAGCUGUGUGCACAAAUCCCUGGGUGAAAAAGAACAAAGCAUGUGAAUGUAAACCGAGACCAGACGGACCCAUCUGCACAGAAGUGUGCAAUUGCUUGAAUGAUGGUCAGUGUACUGAAGACGGCACCUGCAACUGCCAGAAAGGUUUCCAUGGAGACCAGUGUCAACAUGCUUUCAAGACAAAGUGCCUGGGCACAAAUAAUGCAAUAUACACCUGGAUGGCUCUUGCCAGCUUGCCGUGUUAUCCACAUCUCGACUAUGGCAGCUGCCAGAAGAAAACGAACUUCGUGCACGCCCGCGAGAUGUGCGUGAGAAGAGGAUACAACUUCGUAGACUAUAAUUCCUUCACUGAGCUUGGCUUGAAGCUGGGUGUUAGCGACUGCAUAAAAUCAUUGCUGAGCGAGAUGAUGGCUAGAAAUAACAGCAGCUACAGCACCCCUCUCAAGAUAUGGACAUCGUGCAUGUACUUUGGUCAGCAUGUUAUUUACAAGCAAGGCAAGGACAACUCGAGCGACGCACUAUUUGACAGGGAUGGAAGAGGCAAUCAUGAUGUCAUCUGUGAAGGUUUGUCUGUGUUCUAA